GGCGAUGGGCAACACAUCCUCAAUGCUGACCCAGUACGACAUCGAAGAGGUCCAGGAACAUUGCAAACACGCAUUCACGCAGCAGGAGAUUGUUUCUCUAUACAAUCGGUUCUGUCAGCUCGAUCGUAAUAACUGUGGUUUCAUUCCUUCCGAUGAAUUCCUCACCAUCCCCGAAUUCGCCGUUAACCCUCUCUCUCAGAGCUUGUUGAGGAUGCUGGAUGGCUUGAACUUCAAGGAAUUCGUGGCCUUCUUGUCCGCCUUCAGUCCCCGUGCCACUCUUCAACACAAAAUUCAAUUCAUUUUCAAGGUAUAUGAUACGGACUGCAAUGGAAAAGUAACUUUCCAUGACAUGUUGAGGGCUUUAAGAGAUUUGACUGGACAAUUUAUGUCUGAACAACAGAGAGAGGAAGUUCUGACACAGGUUCUUGAGGAAGCUGGCUAUGAAAAGGAUUCUUUUUUAGUCUUGUCUGACUUCAUGAAGAUUCUUGGCAAUUCGGGUUUGAAGAUGGAAGUUGAGGUUCAUGUGGAUUAGAAUGAGGAUAAAAAUUGCCCUAGAGUAUAAUAUACAAAAAAAGGAACUCGCUGUCCUGCUUUCCUUUGAGUUUGAUGAAGGAGAUUAUUGAUUCUGGUAUUUAGUUCUUCCUCUUAUUGCGUGUUUGGAUUAGCUUCCUGAGAGAGCUUUUCAAAGAAAAAACGAUUAUUUUCCCAGAAUUAAUCUUUCCCAAACACA